AAAAUAGCAAUUUCAUUCUUCUUUUCCCUCUGAAGGAAGUCAGCAGGAAGUCGGAGUAUUCUGAAUGCUUACUAAAAUGGAGAGCAGUUCCUUACUUGUGAUGUUUCUCCUACUGAUGUGCUCCAUCAACAGCAGCUGUCUGUUUUCCUCGUUUAUGAGAAAAGACAAAGCACAUGAGGUGCUGAAAGUCCAUAAACGUGCUAACUAUUUUCUGGAAGAGAUUCGUCCAGGGAACUUGGAGAGAGAAUGCAAUGAGGAAAAGUGUUCAUUUGAGGAGGCUAAGGAGAUCUUCCAUUCGCAGGAGAAAACGAUGGAGUUUUGGUUCAAUUACAAAGGUUUAAAUCCAUGUAGUACAAAUCCCUGUAACAAUGGUGGAGUCUGCAAAAUAAGACACUACAAUUACUUUUGCAUCUGCCCCCCAAAAUUUGGAGGAGACACCUGUGAAAAAGAAAAGUUUGAAUGCUGGUAUAAGAACGGUGGGUGCUGGCAGUACUGCAGGGACAGCAGCAGCGCCUUUCAUGUGGUAUGUUCCUGCGCAAAGGAUUACACCCUGCAUGAGGACGGGAAGAGAUGCGUGCAAGCAGCACCAUUUCCAUGUGGCCUGAUUAAAGCCAGGCAGGCUCUGGAGAAAGAGCAACUGGGGCAGAAAAUGCUCCUGAGAGGCCUGCGUGAGCACGGGGAUGAUGCAGCCAAGUGGAAUGAGAGCAUGGAGGGCACAGUUAGGCAAACGGAGCUGGAACAAAGUGCUGUAGGGGAAAACGAGACCUUAAAGGAUGCCUUUGGGCAGAGCAUGCGCAUGGAGGGUGACGCUGGACAAACUGAGGUGGCAGGAGGUGCUUCCAGCUGGAACAAGACACUGGUGGACUCUCUUACCCAGAAGCCGCUGGGGGAUGGUGCUGCUGGGCAGGAGGCGGGUGCCCCUGAGCACAAUGAGGCAGUGGUGGGGACCGCCAGGCCUGGCAAGCCCGGGAGAGGCCCGGCUCCAUGGAGUGAGCUCACCCAGGACUCUGCGUGGCAGAACGAGACCACAGCACCUGCUGCCAGGCAGAAAGAAAUGGUGGAAAAUGCUGCUGGGCAAAACCAAACAGGGGCCAUUCAAACCGUGCGUGAUGGGCUUAAUCGGAGCAGUGACUGGGGAAAUGUUUCAGACAGGCCUCAGUUCGUCCAGAUCAAGGUCAGCUCUACUUCAGAGCACAAUGACUCCAGGAUAACAGGAGGAACUUUGUGUCAUCGUGGACAUUGCCCCUGGCAGGUUUUGAUCUGGAAUAGUAAAGAUAUUGGCUUCUGUGGAGGGAGUUUAAUAAGCAGUCGCUGGGUGGUCACUGCUGCUCACUGCCUUGAUCUCGUCAGACCACACCACGUUACCGUAGGAGACUUUGACAAAUAUCAACGAGAAUUCAAAGAACAGAAGAUUGAUGUGGAACGGAGCUGGACACAUCCACAUUAUGAUUCAAAUGACUACAACAGUGACAUUGCCUUGUUGUACUUGAGCAGUGACGUUAUUUUUAAUGAGUACGCAAUUCCCAUCUGCCUUCCAAGCCCUAACCUUGCCACCCUGCUAUCUGAAGAAGGAAGAAUAGGGUUGGUAAGUGGAUGGGGUGCCACACAUGACAGAGGUUCGACUCUGCGCUUCCUCAUGAAAGUCCGGCUGCCCAUUGUAAACAUGGAGACCUGUCAGCAGUCAACAGACAGACUCAUUACUGAUAACAUGUUCUGCGCAGGUUAUGACACUGAAGUUGCAGACGCCUGCAAAGGGGACAGUGGUGGCCCUUUCACAGUGUCUUACCGUAACACUUGGUUUCUCCUGGGGAUUGUAAGCUGGGGUGAGGGCUGUGCUGAAAAAGGAAAAUACGGGCUAUAUACGAGAGUAUCCAAUUACAUCCCGUGGAUUAAAGAGAUUGUUGAAAGUGUAGCAGAUUCGGAAAACUUUUCCAUUAACUUUUCUUAAUACCAUCUUUAAAAACAGGGACUAUUCUAUUAUUACAGUGUGUUUCCAUCUAAGACACUAUGCAGUUCCUGUCCUUAAUGGUAUAAAAUCAAGAUCAUCUUCAAAGAAACUUUUAAGUCUG